AGCACAAAGAGCCUUAAUAAGUAGAGUCGGCACAUUGUAAAUAUAUAGGCAUUGUAAACUGGUCCGAUAAUGUAGUCCCUGGAUAGAGCUCGCUAUUGUUUCACUGUAGGUUGCCAUUGGCACAGAAUGAAAUCCAAAUGAAGAAAGAGCGACGGCGACGCGGGAAUGUUUAUUACGUAUUACGUAUACAACUUAAUAGUCGCCUUAAUAUGGAGUGUCAAAGAAAUUCGAUAUGUGGACUUGUGACCCGAGCACGAUCCGUUGUCAACCGGGGCAAUCGGGCCGAGAUCGUGUUGCCAAAAACCCAAACCCAAACCCGAAACUCAAUCAGCUGCCGCAGCUAUUCCCCGCCAGAGAUUGAAAACCCGCCACCUCUGAGCGCCUUCGAUAAAGCCUGCGUUCCACACACACCCACUUGGGUGCUGAGAUACUCAACUCACACCAGCUGAGACGGCCGAUCGUGUUCUUUGUGG